UUUCCCUCUAGUGCCUGGAGUUUAUAACAAUGUAAAUUGGUGACAGCGCUCGAUGACGACGCACCGCAAAGGGACCGCAGUUUACGCACUGGCACUUUUAGGGGGACAAGAAAUGUGGAGAGCUUCUGUCCCCUAGUAAAGAGAUGGACAACUCAAGUGUGGUCGUCACUGAUAUUACAACUACUGGCCUAAUAGAAUUCCAGAACUUCACCAUGAAUGACACAAUCUCCCGACUCUCGGAAAGCUUCUCCGCGGAGCUCGCCAUGUCAGGAUUACGCGCAACGAACGACCCCGUGUAUCUGAAAGCCAGCACUCUCAGGACUGCUGUUGCUGUUGGGCUUCGGGCUGAAAUACCGACCACCGAAUCCACUCACGUGGUGAUUGCCUUUUGGGAUUCCCCGCUAAGUCAUGGAAUCAAUGUUUUUGUGGGGAUUGUACUAUGUUUUACCAUGCUGGGGCUUGGCUGUACGGUAGAUGUAAGCCAGCUUGGUGAUCAUAUCCGCAGACCCAUCGGGGUGCUUCUGGCUCUGGUGUGUCAAUUCGUUAUCAUGCCCCUGGUCGCCUUCCUGCUCGCUCUGGCAUUCUCUCUCAACGAUGUAGCGGCUAUGGCCGUGCUACUGUGUGGCUGCUGUCCAGGAGGAAAUCUAUCCAAUAUCAUGUCUUUAUUAGUGAAUGGGGAGAUGAAUCUGAGCAUCAUAAUGACCAUCUCCUCCACGGUCCUAGCGCUGGUGCUAAUGCCGCUGUGUCUGUGGAUAUACAGCCGCGCUUGGAUCAACACUCCGGUGGUCAACUUGAUGCCGUUUGGUGCGAUUAUCCUGACGCUAUGUAGCACUCUCAUCCCCAUUGGUCUCGGGGUAGUGCUCCGGUACCGCUACAGUCGGGCGGCAGACAUUGUUUUAAAGGUGUCCCUGUGGUCUCUGUUGGUGACCCUGGUUAUGCUGUUCAUCAUGACGGGAGCCAUGUUGGGGCCAGAGCUGCUGGCCACCAUCCCUCCCUCUGUCUACGUGGUGGCAGUGCUCAUGCCAGCGUGUGGCUACGCAGCAGGCUACGGCCUGGCCACCCUCUUCGACCUGCCGCCCAACGUACGCAGGACCGUGUCCCUGGAGACCGGCUGCCAGAACGUGCAGCUCUGUACGGCCAUCCUUAAGAUGGCCUUCCCACCGCAGCUGAUGGGAGGCAUGUACAUGUUCCCCUUGCUCUACGCCCUCUUCCAGGCAGCUGAGGCUGGCAUAUUCAUUGUGGCCUACCAGAUGUACCGGAAGGAGGUUUUACAAAAACCUGAUACAGACCCAUUGGGAAGCAAUAGGGACAUUGGAUAUAAUAGGUUUGAAGAUGAGGACAUGGGCUGUGACGCUUAUGGGUCUGUGACUACAAGUGACCCAAAUCUUAUCAUGCUGGAGCCUUGCCCCGAUUCCACCCCUGUUUAGGAUAAGACUGCACACCUUGAGUAGAGUGGUGCAUUUUGACAUUCAGGUCCACUCAUGACAUUACUGUCAAAAAUGUAUGUCACAUUAGUAACCUCUGACUCUGGGGAAGAAACCUCAUGUUUGUAUACAUGCCUCAUGAAAGGACAGAACAUUUAUGGAGGAAACCACAAAAUAUCUGUAGCAAAUAUAAGCCAUACAACCAUAAAACAUUAUGUUCUUAGAAGUAAAAAAAACAAACGUUUUAUGAAUACUUUAACAUCUUGUGUAUAUAUGAAAAUGGCUGUGGGAAUCGAUCUCACUAAAAGUAUUUUCAAUUUAUCACAUCACAGCCGACAAAAACAUAUUGUUUGCCAAAAGUACCAACUUUUAACAUGCUUGUAAGUCUAUUGUAAUCAUCUGAUCUACAGAACAUAAACACUCUUCGCCGCUCACCCUAGCUCAAAGACUGUUGUU